AAACUAAAUCAAAGCGCUAUAUUGUUGAAACAGUCACAAUGACCGCAGUUACCGAGAGGCGAAUAGUCCGAGAGGCCUCCGCAGAUGCAGGCAAUAGGAACUCUACCGCUGCUGCUGGGGCUGAUGUUACGGAUUCGUCCACGAUGAAUUCAUCAGGAGCGGCGAAUGUUACAUCGAACGUGGAUGCAGUGGCUGCUUCGUUGAAUGGAAUAUUGAAAGGUGGAAGGCUGUGGAAAAGCACCAGCGAUUUACCACAGGAGGAUGCUACUAGUUUUUGUUCCGAUGACGAUAAUGCAAGUCGUAGAUCAGUUCGAUUUUUCGAAGAAAAUGACAAUACCCUCCAUGGAACAUCCGAGGACCGCGAUGACGAGACUUCAUCGAACCCGAACGACAACCAGGUUGAAGAAGAAAGGACGGCAGAAGAAUCAUCUGUUGAUAACGCACUUGGAAAUUACCGUUUAGUCGGAGGUGGCAGUACUUUAUAUACGACAUCAAAUAUUUUAAGGCCAAAUUCGGCUGUAAGACAGCUAUUUCCAGUGGUGGAUGAACAAACUCAACAAUCCAGGUAUCUGGUUACUUCUGAUAACCUUCGAGCGUUCGACGAGUCAAAGAGAACCAGACCGCUGGCUCCCGUUAAUAAAGAGACUGAUGAGGAGGCGGCGAUCAGGAGAACUAUCGAACGGAACGCUUUGAGGAGGUCGCUCAUCAAGUACGAGCCGAAGCGAAAACAACAAAAGCAACCUGAAACCACCAGCUUGGAGGAGAGGAUCAGACAGCUGACCUGUGUCGAGGACGACAUUGAAGAUGAGGCCAAACCGGAGGAACGGGAUAGUCCAUCCGGCGAAGAAGCCUCUGACACAGCACCCGCGCCCACUUCGAAGCGAAAUUCAUACCCUACCCAGGCGCAGCUGGCAGCGAAUCACAUCAAUAACCCGACUGGCGCUGGCGGUGCUCCAAUUUCUAGUUUCUCUCCCUGCUCAUCUAGUAGUAUUUCUUCGACGUCGUCGUCUUCUAAUAGUUCAUCGUCCGCUUACAGGAAGAUAACAGAACUGUUUACCAGAAAAUCGACUACACAUGAAAAGAUACCUGAGGCAAAUGAGCGGGAAGAUCAGGAUAAUCCGAUAGUGCUUAUGCCUCAAGGAAAUGCGAAUUGCAAAUGUCCCUCGACGGCUCCUGAUCUUGGCAAUGGGCAACCUCAUCAGCACAUGCAAUACGCCCCUCAGCCAGGAAUGCUGCUACAAACGGGUGCGCACGUGCCUUUGGCAAACAGAACUUCUACGGCAUCCGAAUCAAGGAAACAGUUUCUAUCGUCUCUUGCACCGCUUACGGCUUGUGUCAGCGCUAAUCACCAUGCCAUGGGCAAUCACGAUGACUAUUAUUAUCAGUUAAGUCGACCUGGCGAGCGUGUAAGUGUUGCUAGCAGCGGUACACAAUGUUCCGAAUAUAGUCUUGGAGACAUUGAUGAAGUGUUGAUGAAAACUAUUGCGCCUGCUCCCCCUGCUGUUGGCGUUCAACAGCAAGAUGGCGAGCAGGUGGCACCUGAUGUUAUUGCAGGAACCCCUGGUACUCCUGGAUCUCAAGAAUUGCCAAUCCAAGAUGAAUUAGCUGCAUUUGUUCAGCAAGAUGCUAGUCGUAUAGAACGAAUAAAGAAACGAUACGGUGCAGCAGAAUCUAUAAAUACUAACAACGCAAGUGGAUCUGAUGAUGAGCAUGAUGACUACGGCUUCAACAGACGUCCAUCUGUGCGGGGAAUCAAACCUAGAUUUGGAUCAACUACGGAAAUUCUACAACAGAUGCAAACUCAGCUACAAUCACCGCCGUCUACUUUAACCAAGAAUCAACAUAUACAUCCGCCAGCACAGCACCAGCCAAUGCCAAUUCAAAAACAACUUCCUAAUCAACCACUACCGCAACCUGCUGCUGCAAAUGUUGCGGCAGCCGCUGCUCAACAACAAGCACAAUGGUAUUAUCAUUACCAAGAUCGAGAUGGUAAUCACAGGCAUAGUUAUCACCAGGAAGAAAAUAUGUACCAGAAUAUCUACGAUCGCCAUCCACAUUACGGUAUGCACCAUCAACAUCCUCAUCAGCACCAUCCGAAUUACACGGCUGCAAGGAGUCCUAGUCGCGGUAGGCCUGAGUCUCCACCUCCUUUGAGAAAUUAUCACCAAACUAUGGUACUGAUACCGUAUAAUAAUCAAGAAGCAGGAUAUGUGCACCAGCCUCAUUACUCCACGAAUGAAGUACAUGCAACGGAAAUGAGGAUGCAUGAUAGGACCCAAGAUAGAUAUAGGCGGUCGUAUCCAAUGAUGGAAUAUCACCAUCAUCAACAGCAGUCUCUUAUUCACGUUGGCCAACAAAUGAUUCGUCUUCCCAUGCCUAACAAUGCUAAUGUGCUACCUCCUGGUAAUGCCCCAACAGGUUAUGCAUCACCUAGCCAAGUUCAAUUACACUUAGUAACCGGACCUGGCCCUAGACCAGCUUAUCCUAUGCGAUACAGUGGACCCCAGCGACAAUAUUCCGACUCUCCACCCGGUAGAAAUCAGCAGCCUCAAUACGCAAAUACUGCUGAGCAACAACAGCAACAAUAUGGAGAUCAACCCCAUGAGGCUUCAAAAUAUUCAACGUUGACCAAAUACCCUGAACGAGGAGUGCCGGAAGGCGCUGCUGCUAUCACCGUUCCUCCUCAGCAAGAUGGGUACACGAUAACAUCCCCGACUGGAGGCAGUCAGACAAACAUAGCACCUGCAACAGAUUCUUCGGCGCCGGUAUUCUAUGCGAUGAACGUCUGA